AUGGCACUCGAUCAAACACUCGAAUCAGAAUUCAACAUUUGGUUGGAAAACCUAAACACAUCUGUAACGGCCGUCACAAACGCAUUAGCAACAACACCGGUAAAUAUUGAGCAACUUAGAAACAGUUUCGAUGAGAUGGAAGUAGACGCUUCACAACUCGAAGGUUUUCGUCCAAUAUCGAAAAAAACGCUUCCCUACGAUUUUACACAAGCAUUGGGUCCAUUAGCUUCGGCCAAACGUUUAUCCGCACGAGCAAAUCGAGUUCUUGUUAAAGCUGGUGAAAUUUCAGUUCAACCGAACACGACACCAGUUAAUAACAACAUCGCUAGAAAAAUUCCGGAAAUCGAAAUUACGCCAUUCGAUGGAGAUAUUACUCAGUUCAGCAGUUUUAUGGAAGCAUUUCAGCUCAAAUAUGGUAACGUUCCCAUAACGAAAAGUGAGAAGUUACAACAUUUGAAAUCGUUAUUGAUUGGUGGACCGGCCAAAGUUAUUGCUCACCUAAAGUUGAGUGACCAUAAUUUUGAUCUAGCAAUUUCCAGUUUAAAAGCUGAAUACGAAAACGAAAAAGAAGUGGUAUCCGCCUUAUACAUCAAACUGGACAAUCUUCCACGCUCACGUAACACAACGGCAAGUAUUUCCGAAACAUAUUACGAGUUAGAAGGUUUAUUGACUGCUCUUAAGUCACAUGGUCAAAAACCUGAUGAUUAUGCGCCUUUACGGGACAAAGUUUAUUUUAAAUAUCCAUUCUGGCUAGUGCAAAAAAUAUGUAUUCAAAGCAAACCAUCGAUUUCCGAAUUUCAAGCAGAAGUUUUGAAAUACGUUCAGUUACGGAACAGUUUAGAAGCGUCAGCUAAAGCACACAAUAUCGUUCUCAACGAAGAUUCUCGUCAACAUGCCGUAACUGCAGCACUCGUCACAUCUACACCUCCGACUUCGUCGCAUUAUAAACCACCAACGAGUACCAGUAAACAGGAUCGACCUAUUCCGUUUUGCGUUUUUUGUAAACAAAAACAUUAUUCCAACGAAUGUACAGCUUUUCCUACAGCAACGGAAAGGCGCAAUCAGCUGAAAGACAGAUGUUAUCGGUGCCUAAGCAAAGAACACAAGCAACCUGCCUGUACAAAAAACGUGACCUGUCGUUUUUGUAAACAAAUAAAUCGUCAUCACGCAUCUUUGUGUCCUGCUCAAUAUGAUAAAAAAGAUGUAACAUCUCAUUCAAACAAACCCCCGAUAACUGAAACGGCAUCCGGCACCAGCGGCACUGGCGACACUGAAAAUAAACACACCAACGAAAAAUCUGUCAACUUUGUACGUACGCAUCAAGGCGCUCAUACUACGGCACUUUUAACUGUUAUUAAUCCAACCAAUCAACGAAAAUACAACGCUCGCAUUCUAUUCGAUAACGGCAGCAACGAUACGUACAUAAGUGAAACAGCAGCUCGUCGAUUGGGUUUAAAAUUAUCUAAAUUUCAAACCACACCUGUCAAAGUUUUUGCCGUCGAUCAACCGAUUAAAAUACGCACUGCAUCAACUUCGUUCAUCCUGAGCAAUAAUAAAGAAUUUAACGUAGAAGUUGUUGCUGAUACCAUUCAACAAGUACCUCAAGGUGUUCAUCUAUUCGAAUACAGCUCGUUCAUCGAAUCAUACCCAGAACAUGCCGAUAAAAAAUUCAUUAACCCAGGUAAAACUGAACCGAUUGAUAUUUUACUCGGAAGCGAUUAUUAUUUCGAUAUUAUCACGCCUGAAUCGAAGAUUACGGUCAAUACUGGUUUGCAUCUGUUUAAUACUCCAUUUGGCUGGAUGCUAGUUGGGCGUCAAGCUAGUAAUUCACAUCAGAAAUCUGCUCUCUUUCAAAUGUCUCCGUCCGCAGCUAUCAAACAGCUGUGUGAAUUAGAUUCUCUAGGAAUCAAAGAACCUCCGUUAUCCGAGAUUCAGCAAGAGCAAAUCGCUUUGGAGCAGUUUUAUGAAAACAUUGAGUUCACAGAGAAACGAUAUCAAAUACGUUGGCCAUGGAAAGAUUUUCCCCCUUCCCUUCCUGAUAACUUCGGUCUUGCAGUAGGACGAUUAAAAUCAUUGCAACGUAAGCUCACGGACGAAAAUUUCAACGAAUAUAAUAAUAUCAUAGAAACGCAGUUAAAAGCUGGUAUCAUCGAAGAGGUAAACGAACGUAUCGAAAAAUCAGCUGUUCAAGUACACUACUUACCACAUCACCCUAUCAUCACACCAGAGAAGUCUACAUCGUUACGAAUAGUUUAUGACGGAUCUGCGAAGGUUUCAAAAGCAGCAAAAUCGAUCAACGAUCUCAUUUACAAAGGCAGUAAUUUAUUAGCAAAUGGUUGUGGAAUAAUAUUACGUGUUCGACUUCACACUAUUGCACUGAUCAGCGACAUCGAGAAAGCAUUCCAUCAGCUGAUGAUUCAUCCCACAGACAGAGAUUUUGUUCGGUUUCUUUGGUUACACGAUCAUCGUUUACCUGCAACUGGAAAAAACCUACGUAUUCUUCGUUUUGCCAGAAUUCUGUUUGGUAUAAUUGCUAGUCCUUUCAUCUUGAACGCAACCGUACGUUAUCAUCUCCAGAAAUACGCAAAAAUAUUUUUCAAAGUGGUACUACUGAUUCUACGAGACAUUUACGUUGAUAACGUUAUCACUGGUGUUCCUGAAAAGAAAGAAGCGAUCGAAUUCUAUCACAAUGCAGUGAAAAUUUUUGAAGAUUGUUCGAUGAAUUUACGUUCAUGGUCGACUAAUAACGAAGAAGUACGCGCAGCAAUUCCUGCUGAAAAAUAUAACAGUUCGAAAACAGUGUCGAUUUUAGGCAUUUCCUGGAAUCCAUAUCGUGAUGUUUUGAAAAUACAAAGUAUGCACGUUAGUGAAAAAUGCACCACUAUGCGACAAGUAGUAAGCGAAGCAGCGAUGUUUUUCGAUCCGUGUGGUUGGUUUGUUCCUUUAUUGAUUUCUGCGAAAAUUUUUAUACAGAAAUUGCAUGUUGAAAAAUACGAUUGGGACGAUAUUAUCUCCGAAAACUACGUUAAUCAAUGGAAACAAAUUCGACAAGAAUUGAUUCUAGCAACGCAAACAACCCUGAAACGUUUUCAGUUCGAAAUGGAAGAUAUUUCUUCUGAAUUCGAACUUCAUGCAUUCUCAGACGCAUCCGCAAAAGCGUACGCAUGCUGUAUUUAUGUUCGAAAAAAAGUCAACGAUGAAGUUCAAACGUUUUUUAUUAUGGCGAAAGCGAAAAUUGCGCCAAUCAAACCAGAUUAUUCCAUUCCUCAGUUGGAGUUAUUUGCAGUCAUUUUGGCUGUGAAAACUAUUUUAUACUUACGUGAUACAUUACACUUGCAAUUUAAAAAGCAAAUUGUAUGGUGUGACUCGAAAUGCGUUUUGAGCUGGAUUUUAAAUAAUAAAAUCUUACCCGUUUUCAUUCAACGAAGAAUCGAUUUUAUCAAUAAUGUUGAUAAUUUGGAAUUUCGGUAUAUUCCAACUCAUGAAAAUCCAGCAGAUAUUUCCACCAGAGAAAUCACUUUCGAGAAAUUACAAACGUCAAGAUGGUUUCAAGGUCCAGAUUGGCUGAUAAAAAACAGUGAAAUCUGGCCGCCUCCAUUUAUACAAGAUAAUACUGUACCUGAACCUGAUAACAACGAACCGAAAGCUACAGUUCUACAUACGACAACGACAGUUUCGAGCUAUCCGUUCGGUAUUGAUCCGGAGAAAUAUAGUUCAUAUUUGAAGCUAUUACGAAUUACUACCUACAUGACGAAGUUUGUUGCUGAUUUCAACUAUGUGAAAAUUCGCAAAAUCUUUCCCACACGACAUACUCUGUACUCAGCUCAACAAUUGUGGAUUAAAGCAGAACAGUUGAAUCAUUAUUAUGACGUUUUCGCCGCACUUCGAGAGAAGAAAAGUCAUAAGCUCAUUUCGAAACUCAAUCUAUUCAUCGAUGACGAAGCUGGGUUAUUACGUUGUGGAGGAAGAUUCAAGUAUGCGCCUCUCUCACCUAAUGAAAAAGCACCGAUCUUGUUACCUCGAGCCAACAACUCAUCAUUUGUGAAGUUACUCAUACACCACGAACAUGAAUUACUGUUUCACGCUGGCACAAGUUACACUUUGCAUUCGAUUCGCCGCAGGUUUUGGAUACCUAGUGGCAGACGCGCAGUGUUUAAUAUCAUUCAAAACUGCCCAAAAUGUAAACGAUUCAUCGCACGUCCAUUCGAUCAACCUCAGCGAUCCGAUUUGCCGUCAUUUCGUCUCCAAAACAUGAUAACACCUUUCCAAAAUGUUGGUAUCGAUACUUUUGGGCCCAUUUACGUGAAUAAUGUGAAACGGUACGUAGUAAUAGUAACGGAUUUAAUUAUUCGCGCCAUCGAAUUAGAAUUACUACCAGACAUGACAACAGAGGAAGUAUUCUUGGCAUUGCGUCGUGUGUUUGCUCGUCGUUCUACCCCCCAUCUCAUUUUAUCUGAUAACGCGCCGCAGUUCAAGGCAGUAGAACGAGCAUUUCAAGAUAUAUUUACUCACGAGUGGAAAUGGAAAUACAUCCCAGAACACUCACCCUGGAUGGGUGGCGCAUAUGAGCGUUUAAUCGGAUUGACAAAAAGUGCUCUUUUUAAAACCUUCCAUAACGUUGCCCUGAACGAAUCGCUUAUCAGAACCGCACUUGCGGAAAUCGCAUCAACGUUAAAUGGAAGGCCACUAACUUACGUAUCCGCAGAUUCGGCUGAAAACGAGUUAGUUUUAGCGCCAAAUCAUUUCCUGAAAACUCAUUUCGAAGAGGAAAAUCACUCGGUCACAGCUGAGCAGCUUGGAAAAGCUGAACAUGUUAUCCAGCUGUGGAAACAAGCAAACGAAAUUGGAGACAAAUUUUGGUCAAUGUGGAAAACCUCCUACCUCCAACACUUACGAAAUCAAUCGUUAGUUCAUCAUUUUCCGAAAAAGGUGUCCAAAAAUCAACCGAAAAUAGGCGAAAUCGUUCUCAUCGCCGAAAAGAACAUAAAACGAAACAACUGGAAAAUGGGAAAAGUCGUGAAAAUUCAUCAGAGUGAUGACAACGAAGUCCGAUCACUUUCCAUUAAAACGAAAAAUGGAAUUAUCAUUCGUCCAUUAUGUGAGAUUUAUCCAUUGGAAUUAUCUUCCGAUUCCGAAGCUCCUCAGAAUGACAGCAUUCCAAUGGAAAAUCAGUUACAAUCUCCCGAUGAUGAUUGGGAUGAGCCAGAGAUUUCAGUAGAAGAAAUCUUCGAAUAA